AUGUCUGAAGCUCGCGAAUAUUGGGGCCUCAGUUGCAUCAACGGAGGAAAGUUCUAUAUCUGCGAGGAUGACGAUACCCAAUUCAUAGGCUGUUGUCUUAACGACCCUUGCGGAAAGAAUAACGGUACCUGUCCAGACGGCGAUUUGCGCGCCACGACUUUCGAGUCGGAUAAAUACGCAAAGCUUCCAGCACAAGACUGUGACAACUCUCAAGGCGUCGAUAACUGGUACACAUGUGCCUUUACCAACCCACCUUUCCUUGGAUGCUGCAGUCAGAAUGCUUGCGGAUCGGGUUGCCCAAGGGACAGAUUAGUCCCAGCUAAACUAUCCGAGAUUGAGAAUAACAGACUGGAUUUCCUCAAUCCCAGGAGUGAUGAGAGUACGACCGCCUCUAGCGCUUCUGAGACAGCUUCUGCGACGGCAUCGAGCACAUCUACCGUUAAUGCGAACGAUGAUGACGGCUUGGGCACAGGAGCUAUGGCUGGCAUCGCCGUGGGCGCUUCCAUCGGUGGGCUAUUUGUACUGGGUCUUUUGGCCUGGCUGUUCUGGUUGAGGCCCCGACAAAAGAAGAAGAAGAAUGAAAAGGCACUUCAAGCAGCUUCGACUGCAUCAGCACCUGGUCCAACAAUGAGCGAGCAACCACAUUCGCCCAUGGGCGGUCCUAUUCACCAAGGCACAUUCGCUGCUCAUUCUCCGAUGAGCGGCUACCAACAAUCAUUCAACUCAACACCCACAGUCAUGAACCCACAUUAUAGCGGCGUUUCAUCCAACGAUCAGUACCAGAAGUACUCGCCUCAAUUCUCUCAGUCCGAGAGACCUCAGUCGUACGCGCAAUUCUCAGACCACGGGAGCUAUGCAAACAGCCCUGGCCUUCCGCCGUACCAGCAGCCGCAAAUGAUACCUGUUCAGGAAAUGGACGGGACUACAACGGCUCGUCAAGAGAUGGACGCCGGUCCGGAGCACCACAUACAACGCAAUCCAAGUAUUGGUCCCGAGAUAUUGAACGUACAGCAGCCAAAGCCGGAAACGAAAUGA